AUGGUCAGCUACCCAUGUUCUGUUUGCAGAGCUACCUUUGACAGUGCACGGGGCCUUUCGAAUCACAAACGUGGCAAGUGUGCACGGAAGGAGGCAGGGUCAAUAACAUCUUUAAUUGAAAAGCGGCGUCAGGACCGGGACAAUCAGCUUGCUGCCAAGGUGCGAAGGCUAGAAGAUGAAGAUGCUGCAAUCAGGGAGCGGGAGGCAAUCCAGCAACAGAGUGCAGAAGCACCAGACGACAAUGAGAUACCCGAUUUCCAGGAGCCAACCCCACCACCCAUAGUUCGCCCAUCUGGAUUACCAAACCAUGCUCGUCAACUGCCCAAACGUUACUGGGACAUCCUCCCUCCAUUACCUGUCCUUCCCCAACCACCACAGGUGCCUACCGCUUCUCCCCCAGAAUCAUCACCCACUGGUGUUCAAUCGCAUUCUCCGACACCGCCGCAGUCAUACACCACGCAACCUGACCACUAUGGACUUUUUUGA